UUUGUAUAUCCCAAAAUAUCCCCAACAUAGCAGAUAUAAACUCCCAAAACCCUAGCAUUUUGCCCUUCCACUCACUCUCUCACUUUUCUCCCUUGUCGAUACCAAGGGAGAAAAAAUUAGGGUUUUAGAGAGAGGAUAAAACAGAGAGAAGGGAGCAAAAGUGAGAGGGAAGAGGCAGAAUUUUUUAGUGUUAGGGUUUUAUUUUAUUUUUUGUUUGGUUUAAGAAAGAAAAAAAUGGUGGCGGACAAACGAAAAAAGAUGAAAGUACCAGAGAAAGGAGAGGAAGAGAACUCUGAACAAAUCGAUGGAGACCUCGUCCUUUCCAUCGAGAGGUUUCAAGAGGUCCAAGACGAGCUUGAGAAGAUCAAUGAGGAGGCGAGUGAGAAAGUCUUGGAAGUGGAGCAGAAAUACAAUGAGAUUCGCAAGCCGGUCUAUGAUAAGCGGAAUGAGAUCAUCAAUUCGAUUCCUGAUUUCUGGUUAACAGCUUUCUUGAGUCAUCCUGCUCUUGGUGAACUUUUGACUGAAGAGGAUCACAAGAUAUUCAAGCAUAUUAGCUCGCUUGAAGUGGAGGAUUUUAAAGAUCUGAAAUCUGGAUACUCUAUUACAUUUAACUUCAAUUCCAAUCCGUAUUUUGAAGAUACAAAACUUACGAAGACGUUUACCUUCCUUGAUGAAGGAACCAAAAUUACAGCCACCCAAAUCAAGUGGAAAGAGGGCAUGGGCUUGCCAAAUGGAGUUAAUCAUGAGAAAAAAGGAAACAAGCGGCAAUUUGCUGAAGAAAGCUUCUUUACCUGGUUUACUGAUGCUCAGCAGAAAGAUGAGAUGGAUGAAAUUCAUGAUGAGGUAGCAGAGAUUAUCAAGGAGGAUUUAUGGCCCAAUCCUCUCACUUAUUUCAACAAUGAGGCUGAUGAAGAGGACUUUGAUGGCGAUGAAGGGGAUGAAGAGGGAAAAAAUGAUGAUGACUCUGACGAUGAUGAUGAUCAAGACGACGAGGAUGACGAUGAUGAUGAUGAUGAUGAUGAUGGUGAUGACUAAAAUCACUUAUGGGCUUAAUUAUGGUAGUUGCUUGCCUUGCUUCAGUAAGAACUUGUGUAAAGUUGUCUCGCAGUCUUCACUAAGUGCGGUUAUGGGGAGGAUAACCAUCUUUAAGAUAGCUUUCUCUGCUAUAUAAGCAAUUGGCGUUAUUGUCAGUGUAGCUCUGACUCAUUUCUUUUUACCUAUCCCGCUUUUACCCGUUUGAUCUCUUUUCUAUGUUUUUGUUUCUGGUUUCCUCACUGUGGGUAACAUGAAAGUUUCUACAUGAUAUUGGAAUGCUGGCUUUUUAUCUGUAGUUCUGUUUAAUUUAGUUGGUAUAUGAAAUCACUUUUAAUA